GGCCCACCUGCAGGGCCCGGCAGUUACCAGCAGCCCCCGCGGGAGAUGGAGGAUGGAGGAGGUCAUUGCGGGGCUGGAGCGGUUCACCUUCACCUUGGAGGAGGAUGUAGAGAUGCAAAGGGGCAUUGAGCCCCUGCCUUUCCUGGGCAUGGACAAGUCCAGCUCGGCGGUGUGCACCUUCUACGCCAGGGGGCUCUGCGAGAAAGCGCGGCUGUGCCCGUUCCGGCACGACCACGGGGAGAAGACGGUGGUGUGCAAGCACUGGCUGCGCGGGCUGUGCAAGAAGGGCGACCAGUGCCGGUUCCUGCACCAGUACGACCUCUCCCGGAUGCCCGAGUGCUACUUCUUCUCCAAGUUCGGUGAGUGCAGCAACAAGGAAUGCGACUUUCUUCACCUGAAGACCCCUUCCGAGGCCCAGGACUGUCCUUCGUAUGACCAGGGUUUCUGCAAAGACGGUCCCCUGUGUAAAUACCGCCACGUCAGGAGGGUCAUGUGCACCAACUACUUAGGGGGCUUCUGCCCGCUGGGACCCGAGUGCCAGUAUGCACAGUGA